UGUGAUUGCAUGUUUGCACUAGCUGCUUUUUUAAAUUUUAUUUAUUACUAUUAAUUUAACUCUCAUGUUUCCUAUCAACAGGAUGGCUUUAGCGGGAACCGGCGGCAGCGGUCACGGGUGGGUAAUUUCUCUCUGAGUGUGCGUGAUUUUUCACGCGCGUCCCUCCCUCAUCCUCUUCCUCCUCCUCCUCCUCCUCCUCCUCCUGCUCCUCCCGCUGCUCCUGCUCCUCGGCGUGGAGGUGCGGGGCCACUACUGGCUGUGUUGUUGCGGCACUGGAUGGAUCUAACGAGCAUGUUCGCGGGUGAAGCCUCGGGCGGAGCACACGGAGGGAAAUAAAACAGGGUUUUUUUUUUGUUUUUUUUUUGCUGCUUAUUCUUCUUCUUUUUUUUUUUUUCUACCUACCUGCCGAUCAGUCACCUGCACUGUGGCGACAUGUCAAACUCAAACAAAAGCAAGAAGGACAAAGAAAUCCUCGCUGAAUACGAGAGCCAAGUCAAAGAUGUGCGGGCGCAGUUGGUGGAGCAGCAGCGCUGUCUGGAGCAGCAGACGGAGAUGCGGGUCCAGCUGCUUCAGGACCUGCAGGACUUCUUCAGGAAGAAGGCCGAGAUCGAGACCGAGUACUCCAGGAACCUGGAGAAGCUCGCCGAGAGGUUCAUGGCCAAGACGCGCAGCACGAAGGACCAUCAGCAAUACAAAAAGGAUCAGAACCUGCUUUCUCCGGUGAACUGCUGGUACCUGCUGCUAAACCAGGUGAGGCGGGAGAGUAAGGACCACGCCACCCUCAGUGACCUCUACCUGAACAACGUCAUCACCCGCCUCACACACAUCAGCGAGGACUCGGCCCGUCUGCUGAAGAGGAGUAAGGAGAUCAUCUUUCAGCUUCAGGAAGACCUCAUGAAGCUGCUGAACGAGCUUUACACCGUGAUGAAGACAUAUCACAUGUACCACGCGGAGACGAUCAACGCGGAAACCAAGCUGCGGGAGGCGGAGCGUCAGGAGGGCCGCGUGAAGGGUGUGUCGGGGACGGGCGGAGGGGUGGAGCCCGUGUUCGGCCUGCGGAUAGAGGAGCGUCACCAGAGACGCAACGCCGCCCGCAAGAUGGAGAAGAUGAGAGAGAAGAGGAAGGCAAAGUACUCAGAGAACAAACUGAAGGCUCUGAAAGCCAGGAACGAGUAUCUGCUGACUCUGGAGGCCACCAACGCUUCCUGCUUUAAAUACUACAUCCACGACCUGCCCGACAUCAUAGACUGCUGUGACCUAGGGUACCACUCCAGUCUGAGCCGGGCCCUGAGGACCUACCUAUCAGCCGAACUGAGCCUUGAAGCCUCCAGGAGGGCGGGUCUGGAGGUGCUGGAGGGGGCCGUGGAGGGCCUGGACCCCGCCCGCGACAGGCAGCGACUGCUGGGCCUCUACCCCACUGCCUUCUGCCCGCCGCAGCGCUUCAGCUUCCAGGCCCACAUGGGCGACGCAGUGACCCAGAUCGCCUCCCAGCCUCAGGUCCAGGCUGAGCUCAACCUCCGCCUCACACAGCUGCAGACCCGCCUGGCGUCGCUGAAGAUAGAGAACGAAGAGGUGAAGAAGACCUGGGGUGCAACUCUCACCACCCUGCAGGACAUGUCGGUGCUGGACGACUUCGACGUCUCCCAGAGCUUCACCCACAGCCCGUCGUCCGAGUCGGUCAAAUCCAGCGUGUCGGACGGCUACUUGAACAAACCGAGUCUGGCCAAGAGACGGGCCAACCAGCAGGAGACGGAGCUCUUCUACUUCAAUAAAUUCCGCGAGUAUCUGGAGGGGAGUAAUCUCAUUUCCAAGCUCCAGGCCAAACAUGACAUACUGAAGAAAGCCUUAGCAGAAGGUUAUAAAGCUGAACUGCUAACUACGAGUCGUGGGCGGAAGAACUCCCACAGCAAGCACCAGGAUUCAACCAAAGCCAUACCCUUGCUGGUGGAGAGCUGCAUCCGCUACAUCAACCUACACGGUCUUCAGCAUCAAGGCAUAUUCCGGGUGUCGGGAUCACAGGUGGAGGUCAAUGAUAUCAAGAACUCCUUUGAGAGAGGUAAUGACCCACUGAUUGACGAGGAGAGCAACCAUGACAUCAACUCUGUGGCCGGAGUGUUGAAACUCUACUUCAGGGGUUUGGAGAACCCGCUGUUUCCCAAGGAAAGGUUUAAUGACCUAAUCUCCUGCGUCCGAAUAGAAAACCUUUACGAGAGAGCACAGUGCGUCCGUAAGAUCCUGCUGGGCGUCCCGAGGGCGACGCUGGUGGUGAUGCGUUACCUGUUCGCCUUCCUCAACCACCUGUCCCAGUACAGCGACGAGAACAUGAUGGAUGCUGGGAACCUGGCUAUUGUGUUCGGCCCCACCCUCCUGCCCACGCCGGACACGCUGGACCAGGUGGCCUGUCAAGCGCACGUGAACGAGGUCAUCAAAACGGUCAUCCUGCACCACGACAACAUCUUCCCUGACACCAAGGACCUGCCCGGACCGGUUUACGAGAAGUGCAUGACUGGAGACCAGUACUGCGAGAGUCCGUUCAGCGAGCCGGGAGCGUUGGAGGAGGCCGAGCCCGACGCCGGCACCGAGACCCAGACCAGCGACGAGGAGGGUGAGGCUGUGGAGGCGGUGGCGAGGUUCGACUACGUGGGCCGGUCAGGCCGCGAGCUCUCCUUCAAGAAGGGAGCGUCCCUGCAGCUCUUCCAGCGAGCGUCACAUGACUGGUGGGAGGGGCGGCACAACGGCAACCACGGCCUGGUGCCUCAUCAGUACAUCGUGGUGAAGGACAGGGCCGACGCCAUGUCGGACACCCUCAGUCAGAAGGCGGACAGCGACGGAGGGAGCAGCAGCACCGACGACAAGAGGUCCAGGAGCGAGCUGAGCUCCCCCACCGACAUCAGACCGCCAGAGACCUAUAACAGGUCUGUCAUUCACAGGAGGAAGCGAACCGACGGUUUGUUCCGCCGCCCGCUCGGCCGCUCCAACGACAACCACGGGAACGGGGGUGUGAUGGAGCGAAGCUCUCCCCCGGUGACGGGUCACUUCAGUCCCAGGGAGCUGCUGCUGGGACGAGGUCAGGGCUUGACCCCGCCGCUUGACAGCCCAGAGCGCCGCCGCCGCUCUGCCGCCGCCGUGACCAUGACGGUGAGCCGACAUGAUUCGCUGCGACGACCUGAGGGCACGCCCAUCCGGCGCUCCAGCAGCGGGCAGCACGGUUUCAGUGACUCCCAUCGAUCCAGAGCGCUGGACCCCGACACACUGGCACAGGAUAUCGAGGAGACGGUGACGGUGGCUCUGGGGGAGCUGAGGCAGCUGGAGCGGCAGGGCUGCCGGCCGGCGCCCGACGUGGUGCUGGACACUCUGGAGCAGGUGAAAAACGGCCCUGUCACCACCUGCUCCUCCGAGUCUCCCAGCCCCCACAGCACCCCCAGCACCCCGGGUACACCGGGAACCCCAGGGACUCCCGGGACCCCUGGCACUCCCGGCACCCCGAGCCCCCUCAGCCCUCUGAGCCCCAUCAGCCCGCUCCCUGGACCUCCGCCGGGACCUCCAAGACCUUCCAACCCUUCCCCCGACACCCUGGGCUCCUUCAAGCCUGUGGCAGCUGCGCGCAUCGGGGCUCCACUGCGGCCCCCCGCCCUCAGGCCCAAGCCCAUGGUCCCACCUAAGAGCAGCACCCCACCUCUUCCCCCACCGCUGGACAAAUCCUGCACCAUGUGAGCCAAACCAGGCCGAUUAGAGGCCAAAUCAGGCCUACCCGGGCCAAAAAUGGGCCAGAAGAGGAGAUCAGGGUACUGCUUAAUGUUUAUAAUCAACAUGAGGGUAGAAACGGUAGGAAAGACAAAAAGGGUUUUAAUGUAGUAAUAAAAUAUAAUAUAUGACAUGACCUAUGAUAUGAUAUGCCAUGAUAUUUAUGUGUUGUCAGGUUGGUGUGUACUCUAGGUGUGUAGGAGUUUACUUUCUCCAUGUAUUGAAGCAUUUAUCAAAGGUUAGCUAAAAGAACUGCUGAUGAGGAGAUACAGGAAGCGAGCGUAGGCCGAGCAUCCUGUCCUGUGUACGAGAUCACAGGCAGAGAGAGAGAGAUGUGGGGAGUGUAGUUCGGCUCCGGUAAAAUGUAGUUUGAGUGACGUGAAUGUUGGCUGUACUGUGAUGAAGAUGGGCCCCGCGCUAGCUGAGGAGCCUGUCACCGAAAAAGGCUGCUGUUUUCUCACAAACUGUCACGAUCGGCUGCUGUAUCUGCAAAGAGCGACUCGAUGGGUUCAGACGAGGAGGACGAGGACACGGCAGAGUGAAGGCAACACUGGUUCAACAACGUCUGUGUGACUUAUAAUUUAUUUUUUCUAUUUUUUUCCACUGGGUUCAGCUGCUAAGCUCACCUACACCUCAAACCACGAAAAACGCCUCUUGAGGUCGUCGGUGACACCAAACUCAUGUUAUUUAACCAACGUCCAGCUAUUUAAUGAAUGUUUCCAGUAUUUAACGACUGUUCAGCCAUCUAUUGAAUGUUCAGUGAGCCGUCGCCAUGGCGACUCGCUAAACUUUUUAACAGCCUUCUUGUGUUUUUUCGAAGUGGGAAAAAACCCGCGCCCAGAACGGAGCUUCGAACAGGGUGUGAUGGUUGAGUGGUGGAGGGAGCUUGGACAGAGCUUUUUCUGGGAUGGAGGGUGGGUGUAUGAUUUUAUUCUUGUUUGUGUGUGUGUGUGUGUGUGUGUGUGUGUGUGUGUGUGUGUGUGUGUGUGUGUGUGUGUGUGUGUGUGUGUGUGUGUGUGUGUGUGUGAAAGCAGAGUUUGUGUGUGUGUGUGUGUGUGUGUGUGUGUGUGUGUGUGUCCUGCUUGCCUGCCCUUGUUCUGCUCCCAUGUAAGUGCAGAUGCACUAGAAUAGUGAUAGAUGAUAGAUAAUUCAUGCCUGCCUUGAGUGCCAGAACACGCAAGUGCAAGUUAGGAAAACGGUACGAUUGCAAAAAAGCAUGCCACUUUCUCUACAUGUGUGUGUGUCCGUGUGUGUGUGUGUGUGUGUGUGUGUGUGUGUGUGUGUGUGUGUGUAUGUGUCAAAAUAAUGGUUUACCUGCUUGUUACACUGAAGUCACUAGUUAACCUUAAAUUCACAAUAAGCUAACAGGGUGGGGCUCUGUGUGUAAACGCCCAAAAAACACUUGAACAGCACACUGAAUGUGGCCUCCAACCGGGCUGGUAACUGAUGUGAGUGUGGUGAUUAAAAUGAAACAUGACGUGCUGAGAUGGGCUAUGGAUGCACAUCUGUGUGUGUGUGUGUGUGUGUGUGUGUGUGUGUAUGUAUGUGUGUGUGUAUGUGAGUGAGUGUGUGUGUAUGUGAAAGUGCCUUUUUUUUAAUCCUUGUCUUUUUUGGGGAGUUGUGAAUCCACUCACGCAUGUCCUGAACGAAGAGCAGCAGCACUCCGAAUGAAAUAAUCAUAAAGUGUUUAGUAGAUUACUGAAAUAUGAAAUUCUAGCAUUAACCCAUUGUGACAUUGCACUUUGAUGUAUAGGAUUGUGUACUUGGCAUGUAGCAUCAUAACAUGUUGGUGCAUUUUAACUCAAAGGGAGGUUUCUUUGAAUGUGUUUGAUAAUAAAGGAAAUGGUUUUCGUCUGUAAGUGUUGCUGUAUUUGAAAACUGAGCUUCCUAGAGAUGAGCUCAUAUAGCCAAAUGGAUUGUAUCAACGUGUUGUAUUUAUAUUAUAAAUAAACAAUGAAUAAAUUAGCAUUCAAGUCAUUAACUGAUUGAACCUUUCUUUAAAUGAAAUGUCACUAAAUGUUUUGUUUGAACACUCAAUAAACCUCCAGUGUGUUCUAUA